UGUUGUAUCAACAAUGGUAAAUUGUGGGAGGGUGCAAGGGCUUAAGAUAUACAUUGUUAUCAUAUCAUAAAACACGAACACGAAUGGCUUCAGCAUCCCUCCUCAAGUCAUCACCAGUCUUUGACAAGUCUGAGUUUGUCAAAGGGCAGCCCCUCCUCCGCCAGCCUGCUGUGGCUGCAGUGCCAUGCCGCCCUGUCUCCUCCUCUGCCCUCACUGUCCGUGCCUCCUCCUAUGCCGAUGAACUUGUCAAGACUGCGAAAACAAUUGCAUCUCCUGGCCGGGGAAUCUUGGCCAUGGAUGAAUCGAAUGCCACCUGCGGGAAGCGUCUAGACUCCAUUGGGCUGGAAAACACCGAGGCCAACCGCCAAGCUUACCGGACCCUUCUCGUUACAGCUCCAGGGCUCGGCCAAUACAUCUCAGGUGCUAUCCUGUUUGAGGAAACACUCUACCAGUCCACCACCGAUGGAAAGAAGAUAGUCGAUGUACUUGUUGAUCAGGGCAUUGUCCCUGGAAUUAAAGUCGACAAAGGUCUUGUUCCCUUGGCCGGCUCCAACAAUGAGUCCUGGUGCCAAGGGCUUGAUGGAUUGGACUCUCGCUCUGCUGCUUACUACCAACAGGGUGCCCGCUUUGCCAAAUGGCGCACAGUUGUGAGCAUUCCCAAUGGUCCAUCUUCUCUUGCAGUGAAAGAAGCAGCAUGGGGUCUUGCUCGAUAUGCUGCUAUAUCUCAGGACAAUGGAUUGGUUCCCAUUGUUGAGCCUGAGAUCCUACUUGAUGGUGACCAUGGGAUAGAGAGGACAUUUGAAGUGGCACAAAAGGUCUGGGCUGAGGUUUUCUUCUACCUUGCUGAGAACAAUGUCAUGUUUGAAGGUAUUCUCCUGAAGCCUAGCAUGGUUACUCCUGGAGCCGAGAGCAAAGACAAGGCCACACCAGAAGAGGUUGCUGACUAUACCCUAAAGCUCCUCAAAAGAAGAAUCCCUCCUGCCGUCCCUGGGAUCAUGUUUUUGUCGGGUGGACAAUCUGAAGUUGAGGCCACUCUUAACUUGAAUGCAAUGAACCAAGCACCAAACCCGUGGCAUGUUUCUUUCUCGUAUGCACGAGCCCUCCAGAACACAUGCCUCAAGACUUGGGGAGGAAGGCCAGAGAAUGUAAAGGCAGCUCAGGAAGUUCUGCUUAUUAGAGCAAAGGCUAACUCUCUCGCGCAGCUUGGCAAAUACAGUGCCGAGGGUGAGUCUGAGGAAGCCAAGAAAGGAAUGUUUGUCAAGGGAUACAGUUACUAAGUUGUCUGAACCAACAAAAAUCAUCAGAUGUUUGAUUGUAGCUUAUGAUGCAACCAAGAUAAACUGAAUUCUGCUCCUAGCACUUGUAGAAUAUUUUGUUUAUAUCUACCUUUUCUUUUACCAUAAA